AUGGCCGACGAUGACCAAUCUUCUUCGCCACAAGACGCGGCGACGUCAUCCAAUGUCGCAAAAGACCGUCUUGCUCAAGUGAGCUCGCACCUCGCCCCAAAUAAGACCAAAAGACGCAGAAGAAAAGGUGCGGAUUCAGAUCUGCCUGCCGACUACUCAGACAUAUUGGGCCAGAUAGCGACACUUCGUAAGAUCGGUGCAACGCCAGACACCAGUAAUAGGGGCUACGUUCGUCAAAAGCUGGCAGGGAAGCUGUGGGUCAGAGAACGUGUAGACCAAUUGCUUGAUCCCGGUAGCUUCCAAGAAAUUGGGAGCGUAAGCGGGACCGUCAAGUGGAAGCAGACCGGAUCGGUGAAAGAAGAGCCUGUGGAAUUUGUUCCGUCGAAUAAUGUUCAAGGCUUUGGACGUCUGAGAGGGCGAAAGAUAGUCUUCACCGCUGACGACUUCUCUAUUCGCGCUGGUCAUGCGGAUGGAGCACUGGUGGAGAAGACAAUAUACAUGGAGAAACUCGCCAUUUCACUCAAGUUGCCCAUCAUCAAACUUGUUGAUGGAUCUUCAGGAGGUGGUUCUGUUACUACCAUUCGGACCACAGGCUUUUCCUACGUUCCCCCGCUACCCUCAUUUCCACAGGUGGUUCAGCAACUGAACAUGGGCGUACCAAAUCUAGGAGCCGUAGUCGGACCAGCGAUAGGGCUUGGAGCAGCCCGGGUUGUUGCAUGCCACUUCUCUGUUAUGGCUGGUGACAUUGGCUCACUAUUCAAUGCGGGUCCAUCUGUUGUGUCAAACGCUACUUUCGAAGAGGGUCUCUCCGUUACCGAUCUAGGUGGACCAGCGGUGCAUUGUACCAAUGGAACGAUCGAUAAUCUGGCCGCUGAUGAGGCAGGUUGUUUCGAACAGCUGCGUACUGUUCUCAGCUAUCUCCCUGACUGCGGUACGAGACUGCCUCCCACAAUCGAACCUGCAGAUCCCAUCAAGCGAGUAUCUGAGAAUCUUCGAUCGAUUAUUCCUCGGUCAAAGAAUCGCAUGUAUAAUCCACGUGCAAUCAUUACUGAAGUCGUCGAUCAGGGUUCAUUUUUCGAGAUCGGCGCUCUAUGGGGAAACACGUCGAUCGUGGGGCUCGCGAGACUUGGGGGCAAGCCGGUUGGCAUUGUUUCACUUAACUGCGAGGUCAAUGCAGGAGCGCUAGAUGCCUUAGGCUCACAAAAGAUUACGCGCAUGCUCAAAUUUUUGGACGUUUUCAACAUUCCGCUCGUUCAAUUCGUCGACAUCCCAGGCUACGCGGUUGGCACCGUCGCUGAGCGCUCAGCAACCAUGCGACACGGUGUUACUAUGGCAGCAACAUACUAUAGUACGACGAUGCCUAUUUUUAGCGUCAUCGUUCGGCGCGUCUAUGGAGUUGCGGGUGGCAUCAUGUUAGAUUGCCGCGACCCGCGAAUGCGUGUUGCCUGGCCCUCGGGUGCUUGGGGAUCCCUUCCGCUUGAGGGUGGCAUCGAAGUCGGGCAUUCUUUUGAGUUGAAGGAGAUUGAGCGGAAGGAGGGGCGCCCGAAACGGGCCGAGCGGUAUACUGAACUGGACAACGAAUACAGACGACUGAUGAACCCUGUUCGGACUGCCAAUGCGUUCGGGAUUGAGGAGAUCAUCGACCCUGCAUACACACGACAGAUCUGCUGUGAAUGGGCAAGUCAUAUGUAUGAGAGCGUACUGCCAGAGCGAAUCUUGGAGAGAAUAGUCGGUAAGCUUCAACCAACGUUCGCGUAA